GCGGCAGGGUGUGUUCAGUAGAGCGAGCAGGAAUGAAAAAAGAGAUGAAAAGAAAAACAUGGCUGCGAUCAUAUUGAAAAGCUGCGAGCAGGCGAAGGUUGAGCUGAGGAGAGCCGGGCGCUGCUGCUGCUACUGCUGCUGCUGGUGGUUCGAGCAGCUCUGCAGCCUCUGACUGACGGCGCGGAGGGGUGGGGACGCAGGGUGGGGUCAGAAGCAGGGGAGAGGCGGAGGAGAGACGGAGAGCCUGAGAGCCCAACCCUGAACACGGCAACAACACACACACACACACACACACUCUCUCUCUUACACACACACAGAAAGACGCUUUGGGGGGGAGGAAAGAGGAUUUUUUCGACGCCGGGGACAUGAUUCGUACCACUCGCUGAGGCGACGACCAUCACCGUAGCCUCCAAAAACCCGAUACGAAAGGUGGAAAACUGCCGUCGACGUUACGAACCUAACCUAACCUAGCUUAGCUAUUAUUGAAACACACCCCACCCGAGCGACCCCCUCUCUCCCUCCCUCUCCACUCCACCCCUUUUUAACCACCGCACCCGCUUGCUUAGCUACCGAGAUGCACACGGAGACUCGGAAUAAGAAAGUAAGUAAGUCUGUUUUAUUACCCGUUGUUGACUUGUUAUCAGAACUGCAGGACAGGACUUAACGCUAGUUAGAUAGCUAACUAGCUAUUAGCCGCUGCUAGGUAACAACAGCUCUCGGGCCGGUGAUAUGUACUAGGUUAGCUAGUUAGUUAAAUAAAUGUCAGCCGGUUCUGUGCUAAAACUAAAACAAACCGAACUAAAGCUCUUUCCUGCGGGCUGUUCACUAACGCGAGCUACCUAAAGACUUCUACAGCAGCUGCCAAUCCAGUGCCAGUCGUCGAGUCCUGAGAAAUCCAACGCUGCCACCUCAGAUCCCGCCGCCGCCGAAGAGAUGCCAUCCAUACAGAUCAAGCUGGAGCCAGAGGAGGUGCAGUGCACGGUGAAAGAGGAGCCUGAAGAUGACUGCCCAGAGCCAACAGACCUCAAACUCAAGUCCUCGCCGCCUCCGCUCUGCGUCAUCGACACGCACGCGCCUGACACCGACCAGACAGAGCCUGUGGACUUGUCGCUAAACAAGCCCCGCCCCUCCCUCCCAGUCUCCACCCCCACCAUCAUUCCGGCCAAUCCGCUGCCGGCGCCCGCCAGCAUCGCCACUGGAACAGCCAUCCCGGCGGUUCUGACCCCGGGCUCAAUCCUGGCCUCCACGCAGGGCGUGGGCGGUCAGCAGAUUCUGCACGUCAUCCACACCAUCCCCUCCGUCAGCAUGCCCAGCAAAGUGGGCCAGCUGCAGACCAUCCCCGUGGUAGUGCAGUCGUUGCCCGUGGUCUACACCACCAUGCCCACGGACAGCGUUGCCACUGCUGCGAUUACCGUGCCCCUCAUAGGAAGUGAUGGACGUUCUGAAGGAUCAGUGAGAAUCAAACCUGGCUCGACCUCUCCAGUAGAGUACCAGAGUGACAGUGAUGCGGAGAGCGGCACAGAGUCCGGAUCAGCCACGUUCAGAACGCAGGGCAUCGACAACAGUUUAAACACAGAUGUCGACAUCCAGGUAGACCCCGACUCCCCGGACAUGAAGAGGCGGCGCGUGCACAUGUGUGAUUAUGACGGCUGCAACAAAGUGUACACGAAGAGCUCCCAUCUGAAAGCCCAUCGCAGGAUACACACAGGAGAGAAGCCCUACCAGUGCACGUGGGAGGGCUGCACUUGGCGCUUCGCUCGCUCCGACGAGCUCACACGGCACUUCCGCAAGCACACAGGCAUCAAGCCCUUCCGCUGCACCGACUGCGACCGAAGCUUCUCACGCUCGGACCACCUGGCCCUUCACCGGCGGCGCCACGUCAUGAUGUGAGCCCGGGCUCGGCCUCCCGCUCCCCUUUUAGCCCCGCCUCCCUGAUCCCUCCCACUCCUCAGGAGACGUGCCACCCCCUCAGAGGGACUGAACUGUGACGCUGUCCCUCAUUCCUCAGAUCCGGAGAAUGAACGUAUGUACGUACUUGUCGAAGGUGGAGCUUUUGAGGUGGAGCUCCCUCAUCAGUACGCGCCUCAGAAGCCACAGCCCAACCCGUCCACCCCUUACUUAUCGGCUCGAGUUCCUCCCUCUCGACAUUCGCUUUCGACACCUUCGACGCUGCAGGGACUACAGGGAAAUGCACUGCUGUUAACUGAGACUGAAGGGAGCGGCUGGGGUGAAAUCCUCCCCUAAACCCCAGAGAUGAUGAUGAUGAUGAUGAUGAGGUGUUUAACCGCUGUCCCAUAGAGAGCAGGACCAGAAAACAGAAUGAAAGGAGAAGGUUUUCUUUCUUUCUUUCCUUUUUUUUAUUUUUAAUUAAUAUGGAUCUGCAUUUUGAAGGGGGGGCAAAGAUUUGAGUGUCUUGAAGAAGAUGUGUUCUGGUCCCGUGACUUGUACCUUUUACUUGUCCUUUACAUUGGUCAUUGGUAUGCAUGAGGUAGCCUCUGUGUGUAGUGGUGGAUGUAUGUAUUUUGAGUGGCUGAAAGCUUAAAAGUUUGUGAAGAGGUUUAUUAUAAAUGUUAUCUUUUUCUUUUUUUUUUGGCUUCGUUUUUAAAGAUGAUUCUAGAUAUGUCCCGCCCCUGUGUUUUUUGCUGUCAUUAAAUGAACAAAUGUGUAGGGGGGGUGUUUGCUGUUCUGUCUUUAUCAACCACCUACCCCUCAACCCACCUGUGAGGUAGAGACGGAGAGCUAAACAACAAGACUGUGAAUUUUUUAUACAAUUACGUUCUUUUUUUUUUUUUCUCCCUUCUUCAUAGUAUCAAUUGCAGCUGUAGCCUGGCUGAUGUUAUUUGCCAUACUGUUCUGCUGUAGCGGCACAGACAGCUACAAACAGUGCAAACAGUCUGAGGAGGCGCAGUUUUAGAAGGGCCUGGGACUUUGCCAUGAUUGGAUAGCGUAGUUUUUUAUAAUAUUAAAUCUUUGUGUUUACCCAUGAUGCUCCAGUUGGUUUUUGGUCGUUCAGUGUACUUAGAUUUUCUGUUUUCUGGUUUUCUGAGACGAAUCAAAGUCUUUUCCCGUGCAGAUGAGCAAGUUAUGUAUUGCGGGGGGGUUCAGUGAGCUGAAAAUGCUGGAAAUGUGUUCGCAGCAGCACCUCUGAGCAUCGCUCACAAAUUUAGAAAUGUUAAAUUAUAUAUGGCAUGAUAACAGUAUUUUAUCUUCUUUUUUUUUAUUCAUGAUUUCUCUCAAUUUUACCAUUUAAUGGAAUUAACAUGAUUUAUUGGAUGUACUUUUUUCUAACCUCCAAUGUUUCCUCCAGUGAGGCUGUGAAACGUUAAUGUUCAGUUACAUAAGUGAUGUUCACAGGGAACAGGGGAGCUCAAUAAGUCUGGGCAUGUGUGUACGUGCGUUUGUGUGUAUGUGUGUGUGUGUGUGUGUGUGUGUGCGUGGUUUUUAACAAAGACAUAAUCAGAGUUUUAAUAGUAGAGAGCGCGUGUGUGUGAUGUAGGCACAUAUUGUUACUUCUAGCCCGUCAGAGCCUUAAUUGAAGUAAACGUGCAACCCGGCUUUUGCACGUCUGGUUUUCAGAGUUCCUCAGGGUUCUAGGUUGGGACCCCCUUAGUUAAAGCGAGGCACCCUUAAAACCCCUAUUUGCACCUAGAUAUCUAGAAUAAUCAUGUCUUAAAUCCAACAGUUUUAGCUCCUGCCCUGGGUUCACUUGAUUUUAUGCAAAACUACUCAGACCUUACUAUUAAACCUCUCCCCCUCCCCCUGGUUACUAGCAGUGCUUUUUAAAGGAGAACUCCGGUGUGAAAUGGACUUUGGGUGUAUUAAAACUUGAUAAAAAAUACUUACCUUUUGUUGAAUAGCCCUCCUUCCUUCUCCUGCCGCUUUUUGAGAUCCAGUGUUUUGUGGAUUUUGCCCAAACAGGCUUUUAGACUGGAUGAUAUGGGGCAUAAUUUGCCAGUGCAGAUAAAUCGCUUUUUCACUGUUAUCCAGGCUCAAAGUAGCUUCACACUUCACUGGUAGAAUUUGAAGAGCUCUGACAUUUAAACUUAAAACUGCACAAGAAGCUUAUUAAACACCACUGUUUACAUCCCACAGUGUGGGUAAAUCUCUGUGUGCCGCCAUCUUAAAUUUAAGUAAAAAUAAGUAAACCGUCGAGCACGAACAGUAAACCAUGUUUUACUGUUCGUGCUCGACGGUUUACUUAUUGUGACUUAAAGUUAAGAUGGAGGCGCCUGAAGAUUUACCUAAGCUAUAGAAUGUAAACAGUGGCUUUUGAUACACUUCUUGUGCAGUUUAAAAAAGUUUAAAAUGCCUUGUUUUAAAUGUCAGAGCUCUUCGGAUUCUAUCAAUGAAGUGAGGAGCUACUUUGAGCCUAAAAAACGGUGGAAAAGGCGAUUUAUCUGCAGGGGCAAGAAUAUGCCCCCAUCUCACUCAUUGAAAAAGCCCUACUGGAUCUCAGAAAGCUGGGGGGGAGUGGAGGUCAGCUAUUCAACAAAGGUAAGCACUUUUUAUCGUGUUUUAAUACACCCUAAAUCAGUUUCACACCGGAGUUCUCCUUUAAUUCCGGGGCGAGGGGACUGGUGAAAAUGUUGAGCACAGAGUCCGAUGAUGUUGACCAGUUGAAAGAGGGAGGGUUUUAAUUUUUUUUUUUUUAAACCUUGACUGUACCCCCUUCCCCUCACCUCCUUUCCCCUCCCCUCCCCUCAUGCUAGCACUCAUAGCCAUGGUCAUGAUUUCAGCCGCUAGCAGUUUAUGAAGAGCGUGUUAUGCCUUUUUAUUAUUAUAAUUAUGUAAUUUUUUUUCAGAAGCUAUUAAGUGAUGCUUGUUUCGAUUCCAGCCUUCAAGAGUUGACUGCAUGUCUGCAAAAAAAACAAAAUCGACAAAACAAAAACGUGGCACGAUCGAUCUUUUGGUCCAGAGAGCAAAGCAAUCUUCAGACUUUCUAUCAUUCUCUUGCUUCAACUCGAAAAAUGUUACUAAGCACAUCUUUGUAGAGAAGUAUAUGCAUUUGAUUGCGAUCCUUUCUUUUUUUAAACUGUUCAUAGGCAUACAGACAAUUAUGAAUAAUGAAAGAUAAAUGUACAUAAUGUAUAUAAUCAAAGUUCUGAAUAAACGUAACGGGUGGAUUUCUAUUUUUAACACUGACUAGACAAUGUGAAAUAUUCUUUUCUUUUCCCUGCGUUGGUUCUAUGACGUGUUCUCUCUCUCUCUUUUUUAAUCCUGCUUUUUUUUGUUUGUUUCUUAUUUUUUUGUUAUUUUUAAUCUCUUGAGUUCCUAAUGUGUUGUACUCCUGUGUUGCAUGGAGAGUCUGAUUUUUCUUUGUGAAGUUGGUGAGCAUGUCGGUGUGUUGGUGCCCUGACAAAUGUGGCCUGUAAGCACUGAAAAUCCAUGACCUCUAACAGUACUACUUGGCGUUCGUUAUGUGUGCGAGAUUAAAGCCUUUUCCAUGCACGUACUUCAUGCAUACGUACAUAUACAUUCUCUGGGUGAACAGAGUAGGAGGAUACACAUUAUGAAUGAAUGAAUGAUUGAUUGGUUGAUUGAUUGAAUCUGAUCCCUCAAUUCAAAGCAAAAGAAAAAUUACUAACUAAGGAAAUGCCAUCAGAAGCCUUGCGUACACUCUUAAAAUAUAAAUGCAAAGGUGCCACAAAUGGUUCUUUGAGGGAUACCAUAGGAAAAAAACUAUUCUCUUUGUAUUAGAAAGUAACUGUGAUGUGAAAAAACAUUUAAAUGAAAGGUUCUUCAUCCUCACUUACUUCCUCACAGAAGUGAGUUCUUAUGGUAUUGGAUUGGUUCUGCUCAAAGAACCAUUUGUAGCACUGAUGGCAUGUUUACGAGUGUGUUUUAAGGUUAAUACCACUUCAGUGGAUCGAAAUUAAUGGUAUUUACAUUACACCCCAAAUUUCCAUCCGUCCUGCGACGGAAUUUGCAGACAUCCAUAUUUUUCCAAGCAUGUUUACUCAUUUUACACUUUUGACUGAUUGAUUAGUUCAAGAAAAAUUCUAAUUCCAGGAAGAAAAUAUCAUAUAUAUAUAUAUAAAUUUAUAAAAAAAAAAUAUAUAUAUGGGGGUUUGUGUGAGUGUAUGUGCGCUUAUCAUAAAUCAAAGUCAUCUUUAAAAAUAAAAAAAAAAGAGAAUCAUAGGUAUUUUAUAUUGAAUGCAGUAACUUAUGGGCCAGUACUAUAUUACUCAGUGCAAUGCAGUUAUCAUUAUAAUAAUACAAGUAAUUAAUGUUAUUUCUUUUAUAUGUGUACAGAACAAAUGUGUAAAGAUCAGUGAGGCAAACACAAGCUUUUUGAUACUGUGAGAAAUGGUGUUAAAAGUCAGUUUCCCCUGUACAGUUGUGAUUACCCACUCCUUUUAUAGAAUAAAAUGUUUUUGGUGCA